GUCGACAUCGCCUGGCCCACCACUCCCUAGCGGUCGACAUCAACAUCUUGCUCAGGGGCAACAACAAGAUGAUGUAUACCCACCGCGAGGGCCGGACGAGGAUCUGCUUUGGUGCAAUAUGGACUACUACAACGAUCCGAGAACUUCUACUAGAAGGAGAGCAAGUACUCGGAGAAUUGUUGAUAAUAGUAAUCAUCUGCUCUACGGGACGAACUUGAACCGGACAACAAGGAGAAGAGAAAGCACUGCUCGACCAAGCAGGUCAUUUGGACGAGAGCAGCAGCUGUAUAAUGGUUUCCAUCAACACCAUGGUCAAGGCGAUGAAGAAGACCACUUGCUGAUGCGUCCUCAUGAAGCAGAACCAUCGCGAGGUAGAAGAAGGAGAAGCAGCAGCAGGAGAACACGAGGACUUGAGCAUCACACCGCGAGUAAGCAUAGAGGUAGAGGCUCUCGUCUAGAAAGCAUGGGUCAUCAAGAUGAACUAGCCGCACCUGACGAUGCGUCUGUCGG